AUGUUGAAGUUAUCUGCUUUGUUAACGUUAUGCUUGGCUUAUGUGUACACACAAACUUUCGAAACGGGUGAUAAUUCAACUGUAAAGGGUUGCUCGAGUCAUUGUUCUCCUCACGACAGUGAUUUGACGUGCUUGAGUGGAUCAUUGGAAUUUUAUGAACGUCUUCUGCUGGCACAAAUGAGGCAUUUUGUUGCGGUUCAAAUGCACAUUGGUUAUAAUUCUCAUAAUUUUUGCAACAUUUUAUACGAAAUGCUUUUUAAGGAUCAGUGGUAUAAAUGGCAUAGUAAAUAUGAACAUCGUAAUUAUACACAAACGAAGGAAGAAAUAAUCGCUAAACUUUCUGCACAAUUAAAACCGGAAGAUGUAAUCGAUGAAGAAACAAUUGCUACUGUAAUUGAUGUUCUGAUAGACAACGUAGAGAAAGGAACUGAAAAGAUCGAAGCAGAAAUACCACGUUUCACUUGUCCGUUACCCUGUGAAUAUCGUUAUGACAUAUGGCGUAACGUUUUUAUUGCUUCCAUGACUUUGAAUUUGCUGCUUAUAAUUGCCAUUAUUCCAUUUAUCGUGUCACUUAUUAGAUCUGAUGUUCCGGAACAACUUGUAAGGAGGUAA